GUAAACCUAAAACAUAUCGGAAUGCCUCACAAUUUUGUUUAUGAUCAUUUAUAACACUAUCAGAUCGUGAAGAAUGUUCUUUAAGUUUAGUUAUUAAGCAUUAACAGUACUGUUCCCUGGUCUUACCAAUAUAAUCACUAUUACAACCUGGACAUUUAAAAUGAUAAACAACAGAUCUCCCAUAUUCCUUAGGGGUUUGAUCUUUAGUAUAUAUAAAAUGAGAGACAUUUUUUUACUGCCAUAAUGUUAUGAAUUUAACCUCUUUGUUCACUGUUCCCUGCUUUAACUGAAAUAUUUCUUUACUUUGUUUAAGCAUCUACGUAAAAUGGAUUCACCUGCCUUUCCUAGAUAAAGCAAUCUAACCCAGAUCUUAAUCAAGCUAUCAUCAGUAGGCCUAUGCUUUAAGUUCAUUUUAUUUAUUGAGUACAUGGUUAAAAACUUUUAAUAAGUAAUGGGUACUUAUUCCAUGACAUAAAUUUUCUAAUGUUACAAAGUUCUGCUUGAAGUUUAUCGGGAGUACACAGUUUGUGGGCUUUUGAAACUAAACUACGAAUCCAAGAAAUCUUCCAUGGGGCAAAGCUAUCAUAAUGGAUAUAUUGACCUGUAUGUGUAUUUUUACGAUAUAUACCCAUGCUUCCUACGCCGUCUUAUGUUAAACCGUCUUAUAAGACUAUACCUUGUUUAAAGGGAACAAAUCCGAUUAGACCGCUACAUUAGAUCAUAAUAUAAAAAUGUUUAAUAUUGAUCUUCUCCAGUAAGCAGUUGCCGAGUUUGCUCUUUUUAGGCUUAUAAACUGAUAAUCCGUAAGAAUGAACACUUUAUUUUGUUUUGUUUUCCUCUUCUUUCUCAAGUGUUCAGAGUUAUAGAGGAUUAUAUACAUGCCGUAUAUGAACUUCAUGAAUUUGUGGUAUACAGUAUUAUAUCGUACAAGACUGUAUGAAUGGUUCUUUCAAGAUACAUGAUGAUAAAAGAUUCUCUAAGGAUGACAGCAGCAUGGGUCCAGAGCAAUAAUACUUAUAAUCCGGACAAGGGAUCUGACCCUUUUACACUGACCAUUCACUUCAUAACUGACCCUGGCGGAAGUAAUGACUUCAAGAAUCUAACUGCUCCUUUAGUGAAGUGGUGUGAUCCAUCAUUCCAACUGUUUAACAUCGCUGAGCGCAGUAGGGCGAAUGGAUUCGUCCACGUGAUCGACGGACACGACACAAUACCAUCACUUUGUGUUCUACUCUUCCUUGAGGAAGAACUAGACUCAGGAGUUAUAUCUGAAAUGCAAGAAUAUUUCACGAGGGCACCAUGGCAACCGCAUCACACAGACAACAUGUUGCGAAAACUUUCCACUUGCCACCCAAAUGAACAGCACUUUUAUGGCACAGCUCACGACAUGCCUUUAUGGGCUGUCCGUCAAGUGCAUUGUGGGAAACGAUUUCUCAGAUUUAUGAUCUAUUCAACCACGAACAAAUUCCAAGAUAUGGUGCGAUUUUACUCCAUAAUUCUCGACAGGGUUCCUACAUUUCAACGCGAUGAUAAUUUCUGUAUUUUUACAGUCCAUUCAAAAAGCAAGUGUGACAUUCAGUUUGCAUUAAAAAAAACACCGGGGAACUUUUCCCCUCGAUCACUUAACUCAGCCUUUCUACAGUUCAAAGUUGAAAACAUUGAAGGACUUGUUCAAAGCUUGCCAAAUAUAUGUUCACCAAUUAGUUCUCAGCGUUGGCAGACAACAGAUCCCGAUGGAAACGUCACUCUCUUACUUAUCAAACAGAAUGCUUCUAAGCCUGUACUAACUCCUCGCCGAGGUUCGAUUGACGUAUUGCAGUCGCUUCUAACACCGAAAGGAUUCCGACAAAAGAAGUAUAGGCCUACGGCGGGAAAAAGGUCUCUUAACACCGUUUACGAUAGCGAAACGUAAAUAACAUUUCGUAAUGGUUUUGGCAUUUUUAAACUAUAUAGGCCUGAACCUACGGAAGCACCUAAGUGCCAUUCGACAUGACGACUUGUCAAGAUAAUUAUGUUGUCAAGUCGACAUAAUAUACAUAUCAUGUCGACAUGGCGAGAUAGAUUAUCUUGACAAGUCGAC